AUGUUUGAUAGCGUGCAACCGUUAGACCCCCCAGAAACUACCAAGGACAAUACAAUAACAACAACAACAGCAACCACUGCACAACAAAAAGAAGGUACUAGAGACAGUUCCUAUGACGACACUAUCAUAACUACUACACCAAGACAUGACAAGGUCCAUUCGGCUAUCCAUCAUUCUUCGUUGUCGUUAAAUGUUCCCAAUACCAAUGGGAAUUAUGGUACAACUAAUAGCAAUGCAAAUUCAAACUCAACCUCAAAUAAAGACGAUGAUUUUACCUUCACAAUGCCCAGAAGAGGUCAUCGUCAUAAAAGAUCCAUGGCUAUUUCAGGCGAUUUCGAUUUCAUUCCUACUCCUCCAUCAUUACCGUUUGGUGCAUCUCCAUCUAAUACAAAUAAUAAUCAAGCAAGUGGAGGUGGAGGAGGUGUGGAUAUGCAAAGAAGAGGAUCUUCUCCAAGUAAUUUGAAUUAUUCCACGUUUCUAUCUCCAAACACUACUACAACUUAUAUAUCUCCAAACACGUCGGCUUAUAAUACUCAUGCAUCUCCAAACACUUCGUAUUAUAAUACUUCCCCAUUGGGUAAACGUUCCAAUAAAAUGCAUCUUCCUUUCCAAUCAUCACAAUCUCAUUUAACAUCUGUGACUACUUGUAAUACUCCAAAGGAAAGUCCAAGUUUCUUUAUUAGUGAGAUUUCGAAAUUUUCUUCAGAUAUUCAAGGUGUACCUGAUGCCAUUAUUGAUUUAGAUGAUAUUUUAACUACGAGACCAAAAUCAUUUACAACACAUAGAAGAACAGAAUCUGCACCUGCAGAAUUGGAUUUCAUUCUACCUUUUAAGAUGAAUUCAAAUUCAAAUACAAAUAUUAAUAUUAAACCUAAAUCAAAAUUGUUAAACUCUAAUUCAUCUAUUCAUAUGAAAACAUCUUCUAUUGAUGAAAAUUCAAUUCAUGGUAAUAAAAUGAGAAUUGAAGAAGAAGAUGAUUUUUCUACUUAUCAACAUAUUGCUGCUUCUCAAUUAAAUAAGUAUUCAGCCAACAAGGAUGAUACAAGUGAUGUUAGUUGUAGUUCUAAUGAUAUAGAGACAAGAACAAAUUCAAAUAUAAAUUCAAACUCAAGUUUAAAUUUAUCGAAAAAUUCUAAAGAGGAUUCAAAUGAUAUUGAUGAUGAGAGUCCAUUCGCUAACACAAAUAAUUCUGAUACCGGUAAUAAUAAUGAAUUUUUCUUUACACAAAAUAAAUUAUUAUCUCCAAUUAAACCGAUGUCAAAACCACAAUUGAGAUCGUUGAGUUCAAAUUCAUAUGAUACAUCAACACCCACUUCUAAUCGAAAUUCAGCGAGUAAUAAUAAUAAAAAUUCAAAGGAUUCUAAAUAUAAUACGUUGAAAAUCAAUAGACAAAAGGAAAGAUAUUCACAUUAUACAAAACAAUUUACAAAUAAUAGGAAUUUCUCAUCCAAUUCAAAUAAUUCAACAAUUACAAAUAAUUCUUUGGCAAAUACAUAUACAAAUUCAAGUUUAAAUAAUUCGAAUUUGAAUUUAAAUUCUAUAAAUUCAUUAUCAAUUACUUGUGUGGUAAGCUCCAAUUUAAAUUCCGUCAAUUCUUUUUCGAAUUCAUUAUCGAAUUCAAAUUUUAAUUCAGUCAAUUCAUUACCAACUACUUCUACAUCAUCAACUACAACAACAACUUCAAUGACAUCGACCAAUAUUAGUAAUUAUUCAAAUACAAAUAAUAUUGCUAUAAAUUCAAUUUUCAAUACUACUACAAACCCAACAAUUCAACCUCAAACUUUAAGAGAACAAGCAUCUUCAUCUUCUUUAUCUUCAGUUUAUUUAAAGACUCCAUCUUCUUCCAUGAAUACCCCAGCUAGACCAGCUUCAACUCCAUCCACUCCAUAUUCCGAUAAUAGGAUUUCCAAUAAAAAUUCUGAUAAUACUAAUACCAAUACCAAUACCAAUACCAAUACCAAUACCAAUACCAAUACAAAUGAUAAAUCAACUACCAAUAACAUUGAUAACACUAAUAUUAAUAAUAAUAAUAAUACAACUAGUACUAAUAUUAUUUAUGAUAAUGGUUCUUCUUCCACUACUACCAUCAAUAAUUCCAACAUAUCUUCAUCUAAUACAAUUCCAAAUUCUAAUCCAAUCAUGUCAGCAGAUGAUUAUAAAAGAAGGCUUGGUCUAGCUCCAGUUUAUAAAAAGAAAUUUAGUUCAAACUUACAAUCAUCUACUACCUCAAGAAAUAAAAGUUAUAUUCCACCGAAUAUUCAUUCAUCUCCAUCUCCAUCUCCAUCUCCGUCAGUUUCAUCGUUUAAUUUUAAAAGUCAAGUUUAUGAUAUGUCAUAUGACGAAUUAAUUGAUUCUUAUUCAAAUACAACUUCACCAAAGAGUAAAAAAACUAAGACCGAUAGUGAUCAAUUUAAUGAAUCUUUGAGUGCUAUCGAAACUAUUCGUUCCUUCCGUUCUUCAGAAAAUUCUAAGAAUUCUAAAAGUAAUAAUACAAAUAUUCCAAAUAAUAAAUCAAAUUCAAGUUUAGAAUUACCAAUUAUAUCAAUUAAUAAUGAAGUUACUACUAAUAAUAUAAUUAAAAAGGAAAAUGAUUGCAUUGAAAAAACCACAAGUAAUGAUUUAAAUGAAUUAUUGAUGGGAGGUCCAGGUACUUCAAUAGAUUUAUCUCAUUAUACUGAUCAAACAAUUUAUUCUUUUAAUAAUAAUCUUUCACAAUUAGAUUCAAUAAAUUCCAAAUAUGACGAAGAAAUAUCAAAUGAUAAUAUUAAUAUUCAAAAAAAAUUACAACCUAUUCAAUUUAAUAAUUCUAAUAUUCCAAAUAGCACUAAUAAUCAAAUGAACUUUCCAAAUAUAAAUGAUAAGAAUAAUCAAUUUGAAUCGAAUUCAAUACUUUUACAAAAAAUUGAUUCCAUGACCAUUGAUGAAUCAACUAAUAAACAAAUUAUGGAAAACAAAAGAAUUAUUUCCAAAAUGACUAACAAUACUAAUACCAAUAAUAAUAAUAAUAAUAACAAUUCUAUUACUUCACCUGGUAAACGAUCUAUAUAUACUGGUAAAACAAUUAUUCAAUCACCCACAAGAAAAUCCAUUUAUACAGAAAGGGGGAUUAAUUCAUCAUCACCUUCGAGAAAUUCACAUUUGAAUAAUGAAAAUAAUUUAUUCAAUACUACUACUAAUGAACGGAAUGAAAGUAACUCUUCCAGUAUUACUCACAACAUAUUAGCAUCACCAUCUAAAAAUUAUUAUGAUAGAGGAAAUAAUUUUGAUUCACCUUCCAAAAAAUCCAAAUAUAAGCUUGAAGUUAAAAAGACUAAGAAAAAAUUAUUUGGUUGGAUUGAAAUUGGUAAUAUUUUCCAAAGUAAAUAA